GAGAAAUUUGGCGUAAAUUCUUCAGAAUAUUAAAAUAGUACGUAAAACUAGCAACACAUCUCCGCAGUGGGGGGGAAACGACCGAGUAAAACAAGGUUAAUAAACAAACAGAUGUGUAACAUUUGAGCCUCGCUGGGAUAGGCAAAUAAUGGAAAGGAGUAAGUGGUUAUUUCAAAACUAAAAUCCCGACUGUCCCCAUUCUCCGGUCUUUACUUUUCCCUGGACUCUGCGACUAGACACUCCGCUAGCAAGUAUAGUAGCGCGCGCUAGUUAGCACGUCUGCGAAGCCACAUAAUAUCUGCUAACUUCGUGCGCGCUGAGAAAAUGGUGUACCUGUUAAAUCCUCUGGAGAACCUGAGGAGCUACAUCAAUAAUCGUCCGCCACUGGUCAUCUUUAUGGUCAGCGUCAGCGCCGUGGCCAUCGCCUUCCUCACCAUCGGCUACUUCUUCAAAAUCAAGGAGAUCAAAUCCCCAGAGAUGACUGAGGACUGGAACAUCUUCCUUCUGCGCUUCAACGAUAUUGACUUCUGCGUAUCAGAGAAUGAGACGCUCAAGCACAGCUUGAACGAGUCAACCACGCCCGAAAGCACGGUGACCAGUGGCCAGGCGCGCUCCAGCACCCAGGCCCCACUGCUUCUGGAGGACCCGGGCCCGAUCAAUAUCUCUGUUCCCAUCACCCUUACCCUGGACCCACUGCGGCCCUUCGGGGGCUACUCCCGUAACAUCACCCACCUCUACGCCACCGUGCUGGUGGGACAGGUCGGCCUGGCCGGCAGGGAUGCCCACGAGGAGAUGAACAUCACCUUCACACUGCCAGCGUCAUGGAAUUCUGAUGAGUGCGUGCUGCACGGCCACUGUGAACAAGUGGUGUUUAGCACUUGUAUGACCAUCACUGCUGCCAGCAACGUCUUCCCUGUCACAGUGCAACCGCCCCACUGUGUCCCAGAGACCUACACCAACGCCACGUCCUGGUACAAGAUCUUCACCACGGCCCGUGACUCGGACACCAAGUACACGCAGGACUACAACCCUUUCUGGUGUUACAAAGGAGCCAUCGGCAAGGUGUACCACACCCUCAACCCCAAGCUGACCGUCAUCGUGCCAGAUGACGACCGCUCACUCAUCAACCUGCACCUAAUGCACACCAGCUACUUCCUCUUUGUGAUGGUCAUCACCAUGUUCUGUUAUGCUGUUAUCAAGGGCCGGCCAGGAAAAGUACGGACAACCACCAACCCAGACUUUUGCGCUGAAAAGGUGGCCUUGUCAGAGGGGUAAGAAGAACUCUAGGAUCGCCAUCAGAACUGAAAUAUAACCGAGGAUGAAGUAAAAUAAAAAAAGACCAGUUGCCUACUGAACCCUGAAAAUAAUACUGGGCUGUACAGCUCUGUGAAUGCAUUUUUCUGCAAUGUUGGAUCACUCCAACCAAAGACAUAUAAGUGCCUGUAUCUACUGUGUAAAUAUUUGUAGGAACUCAUGAAUUCAGUACAGAAACAGUUUGCCUGAGCCCCCCCCCCCCCCGUGCCAUUGGUGACAAAAUUCCAAAAUGCAAUAUCAGCAAAGCUAGAAGUCCUAACGCAAAAUUGACUGAAUGGGAACUGCACUUCCACAUUGUCACCAGUCUUUGUCCCAUUUUCGUCACACAUUUGACCCUCACAUAAUCCAGUCUGGGUAAUACAAGUUCCUACGUGUCUUCAUGUGUGUAUGGUGAAAAGUCUUUGGUUUCCUCAUGACAACGGGCCUUUGUCACACUGAAAUAAGAUUUCGCUGCCUUUCUCUUCCCCUUUUAGUUUCUUCAUCAUUCACUUGUGUAUUCUUGAGUGGUUUAUCCUUCCUUGCAUUCUGAAAGUCCUGCAAUUGUGUCUCUGUGUGUGGAAGGCCGGCUUAACCGCCUCAGGAGUGUUUUAGGCCACACGCCUUUUAUAGCACCUGGAAGUUACAUUUUAACUGACAAGAGGCCUGUCUAUGUCAAGUGAACUUCAAGAAAGAUUGGUAGCAACAAAAUGUCAACCUCCAUCUCCUAUGUUCUUCCAAUAAGCUUGUUGCUUUAAAUCAAGUGUUGUGAUACUUCUGACAUCUAAGCUUGUCAUGCAUAGCAGAAAGAACGCUCUUUUUCCUUGAAUUUAGUGUAUGCUGACGACUGGUAGGCCCUUGAGUAAUUGAAAGUUGGAAUGCAUGUUAAAAGUUGUUUGUGCUCUGUUUUAAGCACUAUUGUUUUUAAUGUGGGUUCUGGUAAUGGAGAAGUGUGUAAUUGUGGAAUGAUUUAUUGUAUAUGACAAAGCUCUUCACUGGCAACGAUUAAUCAAUUUUUAUUCACCUCUGUUUUUUUUUUGUUUUGUUUUUUCAAUUUGUUCCGUUAUUGAUAUACUUAAUGAAUGUAAAAGCUUCACAAUCAAUUUACAGCAGCGAUCCAACAUUACAACUAUGAUAACUAAAUGUACAAACAUUUAUUCCAAACAAUUUGGAAUGUGAUGUACCUUUUCUUUUUUAGUUUAGUUUAGUUUUGUCAAUGAGCCUUUACCCCAAACUUUAAUUUCCAGUUUUGUUUUGACAGAAUAGUAUUUUCAUUAUAUUGUUGUUUUUCUGGUUGCAAUUACUUUUUUUAAAUUGCAAUUUUUCAUCUGUCAAUUUCUCAAACAUGUCAGUAUGAUCCUAGCUUUUAUUUGAGAAUGAUUGAAUGGAUCCCUUAUCAUUUUUAGAAUUGGUUUUCGGAUUUCACUUGAAAUGGGUUUUAAGGGUGCUGUCAUAUCAACUUGGUUUUCCUUCAGUAGCUAACCGAAUGUGGCAUACAAUAAUGUCGUCGUCCCCCCCCCCCCAUAGAACUGCAUUAAUUCCACUGAUAUCUCCUCUCUUGUUAGUUCAUGAUAAGGUUUAAACUAUGCAGCUGUAGGUGGGUGCAUCUAAAUCCUUUUUGUCUAGUGCUUUCAGUCAGAGCUGAAUAUAUUACAUUGUAGUAUGUCUUUUCAUAAGUACAUAGUAAAGACUGUGUCCUGGGUUGAUGGGUGACAAACAAAGCAUUUUUUUUGUCAGCCCAGCAAACAUUCAUUGUAAUGCCUAUGAUUUUGUCCUUGUCUUCCCUGUGAGAAAUGCCUGCCCAUUUGAAAGAUUGCCUUAAUAUUACUUUGUUUUUGUCCUCGAUGUAGAUGGCUGUAGGUCUGCCUGUUUUGCUUUCAGAUCAUGCUCAUCAUCCCGUCAUUCAGAAUGAUCUCCAUAGGCAUCACAUCGGGCUUAGCUUGCCAAAUGUGUCCCUGGGUUUCGUCACACCCUGUAUGUAGUAUAGUUGACUAAACGAUCACCAACAUUUUGUAUUAUGGUACAGGAGGUAUGUUAGAUAUGAAUUUGACCUUACUCUCACAGCACAGGAUAUUAGUUAUGUGUUCUCACCCGGACCUUAAAUUUGACCUGGUUUUCCUUCAAUUCUUAUAGCAGCACAUUAUGCCUUUUGCACUAACCUGCUGCACCAUCCCAGUGAAUAGCUCCUCUGUUUAAAUGUGAAUAUAAGGGGUCAAAGGUAACGAUGACCAAAACAUUUCUCCAGUGCAACUGUAAAUUAUUUGAGUUGAAAUAAACUUGUCAUCUGUUGAAGAUA